UUGGCUCAGACGCUGCAGGCCCCGCCCACUUCGUGGGCAGAGCUACGGCGCGGCCCCCUCUCGGCACACGCGCAGAGCCUCUCGCCGGCAGAACGCGGAGGGAGCUGAGGGGCUAGUUAGCGGGAAGCGUUGCACUAAUUCAGGCGGUGACGAGGUUCCUACAGUAUUGCCUGUGACAAAUUCAACUAAGGAAAUUGGAGACUGCUGUCCCUUCAGUACUGACCACAACAAUGAGAAGUCAUUUAAGGUUGCUUUAACUUGACAUUUUGUGCUUUAUUCUAGUUCAAAUGUUCGUCACAAGAUUAUCAGAUCAGAUGAUACUGCAGAAGGUGUUAAUGUAAGUUAUGCUAAUACGUGAAACAGAUGUUUGAAGUCUGCGUCAUAUAUAACAAAAUGGCUUGGACUUUGUGAUCCUUAUGUGAUAACACUUACCAAGUUUUCAUUCUACAAAGAUGGAUACAAUGAAAUUAAAGCAUCAUAUUAAUCCAUUCCUCCUUUACAUUAUAAACUUUGUGAUCUGGCUGUACACAGUCAUAACGUUUAUUCCAUGGUAUUUAUUUUCUGGAUCAAGACAUGUCAUUGCGAAGUCAAAGCAAAUCAAAGCUAAACCUGUACACAAUAAGCCAGGAAAUCCAUAUAGAUCAGUGAACAGUUUGCAUUGUUUAGCAUCUGUAUUAUAUCCUGGGUGUGAUACACUUGACAAAGCUUUCAGGUAUGCUAGGAGUAAAUUUAAGGACAAACCACUUCUGGGAACACGGGAAAUCUUAAAGGAGGAAGAUGAAAUUCAGCCAUCUGGAAAAGUUUUUAAGAAGGUAAUCCGUGGAAACUACAACUGGCUCACAUAUGAUGAUGUUUUCAACAAAGCUAGACAAUUUGGUGAUGGAUUAAUCGUGUUGGGCCAGCUACCAAAGACAAACAUUGCCAUCUUCUGUGAAACUAGAGCGGAAUGGAUGAUUGUUGCCCAGGCUUGCUUCAUGAACAACUUUCAGCUUGUUACACUGUAUGCUACCCUAGGAGGCCCUGCAAUAGUGCACGGACUAAAUGAAACUGAGGUGACAACUAUUGUUACUAGCAAAGAACUGAUGGAGACAAAAUUGAAGAGUAUUGCUUCUCAGGUUCCUCUACUCCGGCAUAUUAUUACUGUGGAUGGUAAACCAGCAUCAUGGCCAGAAUUCCCAAAGGGUGUAAUUGUUCACACUAUGACAUCCGUUCAAGCAAUGGGAGAGAAAGUAGGAAAUGUAUCUAUCAACAAACAGAAGUUGAAAGCACUACCGUCAGACAUUGCUGUAAUUAUGUAUACCAGUGGUUCUACAGGAAUUCCAAAAGGUGUUAUGAUCUCUCAUUGCAACCUUAUUUCUGGUAUAACUGGGAUGGCUGAAAGGAUACCUAAUCUGGGAGAUAAGGAUGUUUACAUUGGCUAUUUACCUCUUGCUCAUGUUCUGGAAUUAAGUGCCGAACUUGUUUGUUUGUCCCAUGGAUGCCGCAUUGGUUACUCUUCACCACAGACUUUAGGUGAUCAGUCCUCUAAAAUAAAGAAAGGAAGCAAAGGUGAUGUUUCUGUACUAAAGCCAACUCUGAUGGCAGCUGUGCCGGAAAUCAUGGAUCGAAUCUACAAAAACGUCAUGCAUCGGGUUAAUGAAAUGUCCUGUUUCCAAAGGAAUCUGUUUAUAUUAGCUUACAAUUACAAGAUGGAGCAGAUUUCAAAAGGCUACUCUACUCCAUUGUGUGACAGUCUUGUUUUCCGAAAAGUCCGGACGCUGCUAGGUGGGAAGAUUCGAGUUUUGUUAUGUGGAGGAGCUCCACUUUCUGCGGCUACUCAAAGAUUCAUGAACAUUUGUUUUUGUUGCCCUGUUGGACAGGGCUAUGGCUUAACAGAAUCCUCUGGGGCUGGAACAAUAACAGAAGUUUGGGAUUACACAACAGGCAGAGUGGGAGCACCCUUAGUUUGCUGUGAGAUCAAACUAGUGAACUGGAGAGAAGGUGGAUACUUUAACACAGAUAAACCAUAUCCUAGAGGAGAGAUUGUUAUUGGAGGCCAAAAUAUAACGAUGGGGUACUACAAAAAUGAAGAAAGAACACAAAACGAUUUCAUGGUAGAUGAGAAUGGACAGAGAUGGCUCUUCACUGGAGACAUUGGAGAAUUCCACUCAGAUGGAAGUCUAAAAAUUAUUGAUCGUAAAAAAGACCUUGUGAAACUUCAAGCAGGAGAAUAUGUUUCUCUUGGUAAAGUGGAAGCGGCUUUGAAGAAUCUUCCAUUGGUGGAAAAUAUUUGUGUAUAUGCAAGCAGUUUCCAGUCUUAUGUCAUUGGAUUUAUUGUGCCAAAUCAUAAAGAACUUAAAGAGUUAGCACGAAAGAAAGGAUUCAAAGGAAGCAUAGAAGAGCUAUGUAACAGUGCGGAAAUGGAGAAAGAAGUCCAAAAGCUUUUGGCUGAGGCUGGUAUUAUAGCUAAUCUUGAGAAAUUUGAAAUCCCACUCAAAAUUCGUUUGAGCCCUGAACAUUGGACCCCAGAGACGGGCUUGGUGACAGAAGCCUUCAAAUUAAAACGUAAAGAGCUGACAACAUACUACCAGGAAGACAUUAAUCGAAUGUAUGGAACAAAAGUGAAAUAAACUCACAUCUCACCCCUUUGUCCUUCUUCUUUUUUUUUGACACCACUUUGAUACGGUGAGCUCAGAUCAAAUAGGAAAUACUUGAAUCAUAUGUCUCAUCACUUGGGACCAACAUGAAAACAUCUUUACACAUUUUCAGAUUAUGCUGUUAUUUCUGAUAAUAUCAAUAUCUUUAACUGGCAGAAUAAGUAAAAUGUUAAGACAGCAAACUUGUGUCUGUCUUCUUUUCCCACUCAGUUUCCUCUGCUGUUUUGACAGUGUGUGGGUUUUCCUAAAUGUCCUUUUGGGCAAACAUGAUUUUAAAGCCUCAAGUUUUUAAACCUGAUUUAUAAAUCCUGUAUAAUAUUCUGUUUGUAACUUUUUCAAGUUUGGCUUCAUAGAGGGAAAACUUGGCUAUAAAAGAAAUGAUUAGUUGGGGGGCUUUUUUUACAUAUGUAUUUAAAUAUUAAAGAAGUAUCAAUGUGAAAUUAUGUACAAUGAAAUGACUUACAGGUGAAAAUCAUUGUUGGCCAGAAGACCAGAUUAUUUGUUGCUGUGCAAUUGUUUUGUAUAAAAUUGCAAGAGAAAUAGUCUGACAUUCUGACUUAUAAAAUAACAGCUGGAGUAUGUGCCUGACAAUUUCCUCCUACAUAUAUAUUUUAUUUUUAUCUGAAUAAAAGAAAAAUGGGCAUAGAAAGGCACUGUAUAUAUGGGAGCAUACCUGCAGGAUAAGCAAUAUUAAGGCUUUAAUCAUGCAAAGUAUGCUCUAACACAGCAAAUGUUAUACUUGUGAAUAAUCUGUCUAACAGAGGUAAUUCACUUUUCAAAAUGUAUUGUGGCCAUUUUUUUUAAAGAAACCGAAUUGCUGAAACUAGUGAGAACUCAGUUUUAAAUGAAUUACUUUCUGAUUGGCAGUGUCCAUUUCUAAAAUGGGACUUCUUCUUGUGUUGAUUUUGUCUGCUUCUCCAUUCAGGUUUCUUCUCUUUAUGUAGCUAUAUAUGUGUGAGCAUGUGAGUGUGAAUGUAAAUCAACAGUUAUAAACCCCUUAAAGGCAAACUAAAGCCCAAACAUUUUAAAAACACAGUUUGUAUGCCCAUUUCCUGCAUAAGCUCUGCCAACAUGGGACUAUGCAUUCUUGUGUGCCUCUCUUUUGGAGCGGGGCAUGGUCUUGUACGAGAUAAGUUGAUUGUUGUUUGUGUGUUUGAAGAACAGUAUUGUACUGAUGGCAAUUGUAUACUCUUACUUUCCUCACUGUUGUGAAUGGUGAUAGAAAUGAUUGUUUUUAUUACCCUAUUGUUGGAGUCUUGUUCAUAAGGAGAGUUAGCAAAACUAAACCUCGGGUGAUUUUUUUAAUAUAAAAUAAUCUUCCAAGUUAACUGUACUUGAGAUCCUGAUCUGAGUCGCUUUGUUUGUUUGCUACUUUACUGUUGUCCCAAACUUUUGAAUUUGAAAAUGAGAACUGUUAUGUAGGCUCUUAGUCAUGUUACUGUGAAGCUUUUGAUUUUAAUUGCUUUGCUCUGGUAAAGAGCUCAGAAAAGUUAGUCUUAUUGAACUAUAGCUUGCAGAAUCCACCCCCCCCCCCCAGCAUGGGUAGAAGACUUGCUGUCAGUUCUGAGAGCUAUGGUCCAAAAAAGUAACUUUUGCAAACUCUCCUAGUUCACAUAGAUACACGUGACAGUUCUGAUAGGUGGCCUGGAAAAUUUUGGAUAGCAGUGAAGAACCUGCUGGUGAGGGACACACACAUUUUCUCCUGAUCUUCAAGAGUUGUGCAAUCCCGGUGGUUUCAGCAUCUGAGAGCUACAUAAUGAUGAUGUGCUGAAGGUUUAGGGGAAGGACUAACCUUGUUUGGCCAGGGGUACCCUUUGGCUAUCUGUUGCAGUAAGAGAAAAAUAAUUGCUAUAGGCAAUGUGAGGAAAAUAAAAUGUAUGUUUGGUAAAGACUUUAAUCUGAAAGCCUUUAUAUCUUUACCUAUAAAAUUACAAAAAUGGUGGACUUUAAAUAUAUAACUUGGCAAUGGUCACUAAAAAGGCUAUGGACGCCAACCAGAAGUAUUUGACUCCUAGUAAUUUCCAGUGUCUCCCCAAUGAAAACAUUUGGACUUUAAUAUGCUUAAUUUAAUUUAUGUCUUUCAUGGAAAACAUAAAUGCUUAACUAUCGCUUGAUUGUGGAUGUUCUGUACUUGAAGUAAUAGCUUUAAUUUGGGGGGAAACUUGAUUGCAUCGUACGUGGAAAAGACAUUAUUGAAAUGUGCAUAAAUGGAUGCAACACAUGGAGAAAUGUGAAAUAGUUUAUUCAUUCAUGGUUGAAAUUAAUUGAUUCAUCAGAUGAAGAUAUUGCUGUAUUCCCAUAGUUAGUCUUUGCAUUGGAUUUCACUUUUUGAGAAUGUUAUUAUUGCACAAUGAAAUUAAUUUGAUUACAUGAACUGUCUAAAUUUUUCAGAGGAACAAGAUUCAUCCAAUCAAAUUGAUAAUUGGUUUGUGAAUUUCCCUCUAAACAUUACUUUGAAUAUAAUUAAAAACUGGCAUUUAUGUUAUUUUAGAAGUAAGAAUUCAUAUGAAGAACAACAUUUGUUUCUUGAAUGUCUGGAUUUCACAUGUAUCAAGUUCCUAUAUUGUUUUAAAUUAUUGUGCAAUUCAUUUUUUUCUGGUGAUUGAAUUCAUGUCAUGAUCCAUAACUAUUACUUCUGUUGUUUGAACUUACUGAUUCAGCCCUUGUCACUAAUGAUGUUGGAGUUUUUCAUCAAAUAACUAUAUCUUUGAACAUCCUGACAACAAAUUAGUCUUCUAAGCAGCACGGAGCAAUACCCAUUAGAAUAAAUUGUAUUUGACAGAUGUUUUUGUAUACAGUAAAGAUACCAAGUGGCCUAACUUACUGUUACCUGGAUUCUUUUUCUCUCUUUUUAAUUUCCAUGCAUGGCUUUCAUGUUUGUAGUUCUUUUUGGUUUUUAGGUUCAGGUACUAAGUAAAGCAGAGAACCAAAAUAAAAGGGACUCCUCUGGCCCAUAAACAGACUUUGAUAACCAAAAUCAAAGUGCAGGACUUGCUUGCAGUUUUCUUUGUUUCUGUUGAGAACGUUGUCUGAUCCCUGUGGCUGUAUGUUAUGUUGGCUUCUCUUGGGAACCAGAAAAUAGAAGAAAUCAUAAGUAGGCGCUUUUUCAGCAACUAGUCCUAAAACAUAUUUCUUUUCUGUUGUAGUUGCUAAACCUUUAAGGUUUGUUACUGAAUGAAGUUCCUGAAAAUUGAAUAAAAGUAUACAUUAUAUGGCAGAUGUGUGUAACAACCUCUUUAAUGUUUUUGAAUGAAAGAUAGCUAUAGAAAGCUUCAAUCAUUACUACGUGGCAAAGGGAAGCGUUCUAGUUUUUUUUUCCUGCUACCCUUCCUCCCCUUCUGUAUAGGUAGAAAAAUAUUCUUUUGAAAAGCCACAAGGCAUUUUUGCAUUAGAAAAUAGCCAUAGUAGAAAAUUUUCAGCUGUUCUUCAGCCUGCUGUUCUUCUGGUUCUUCUCAAUUUUUCAAAAAGGCACAACGUAGCCAUACAUACUUGCUGUCAAUUCACUGAACCUUAAGACUAUCAACCUUUAGGCUUCUGGGUGUUAUGGACUUAAUCUCCUAGAGCAGACAUUUAUGUCGAGGAUUCUGAAAGUUGAAGCUCAAAACAUUUGAUGGACCAAGAGCUAAGAAUCAUCACCUUAGGCCAUUAGCACACUUGGGACAAUUCAUGUAUGACCCCUUUCAUACCCACUGGUUGCCAUGGUAAAGUCUUCCACCAUGGUCCAUCUCCAUGCUGCUGCGAUAAACUUCCAAUAAUACAUUAGUGUAGUGGGGGGGGGGGGGGGCUGUCAUGUAGAUUCUAUUGUCCAGUUGCACACUGUAAGCAGGAUGUGUAGCAACACUGCUGCUGUGCAGAAGAACAUGGCCCCUGUGAUGACCGUGGAUAUGAGAAGGAGAUUGAUUAUAGUUCUCUCCAUUAACAACACUUGGGAAAUAUAUCCUUAAGGGCACCAAAAUGUGAAGAUAUGUCUCAUUUUUCACACAGCAACAGUUCUGGAUUAAAACUUAAAACAUAGUUGACCUCAGAUAUUGCAUGUUUUCUGCAGGAAGGAGAAACGUGUGUGUUUGUGUUUGUGUGUGUCUGUGUGCGCGUGCGUGUAAAUGGCUUUAAAAGAGAUUGAUUAUGCCCUUUAUGUCCAACUUUUCAUUCCUUUUACCAAGACUUGUGACGGAGCGCCAUACAAAUUCCAUCAGAAGGCAUACAGCAGCAGUGAUUGUACUUUUUAUAUCAGGAAAUAUGUUAAAUACUCUUCUUGCUGCUGUUGCAGUUUACAGAGAAUGCAUAUAUUUACCUCAAGGGGAAGCUGUUUUUAGCAGUAAAAUAUUUUGCUGAAGUUAAAAGCUAAAAGCAGUGUGCAAUUAUUAUUCAAGAGGAAGCCUAUACAUGUACUGUGUGGCUUUCACUUUAAAACAAAGGUUUUGUCCUGUUAAAGCUUAAGAUCUUAUGUAGCAACUUCAUCAGAAUAGGAAAUCCUUAGAAAAUAACUGUUUGCUGCAAAUUGCACAAGCUUGGGUUUUUUCUUCCUGCUUUAGACUUCCACUUCACCCAUUUGACUUUUUAAAAAAAUAUAUUUUAAAUUAUAUGUAAUGUGUGUAUUCUUCUGGGCUUGUGAGAAACUUGUUUGUGUCUGUUGUCUUCUAAACUGGCAAAAGGAGGGAACUUUUUAAAAGGUUAUAAACAUAUUAGACCAUGCUGAAAAUGUAACUGGAUAACCAGUUGUUUGUUAUAGUAAUUGGUUAUUUAAUGUAAAUUCAUUGAUCUUGGUUGUUGUUUUGAACUGCCUGAAAUGUGUCUAUCAUAACUGAGUUAUAUUGUAUGAAUUAUUUAUUUGUAAUUGGACAUUUACACUUCAAAAAUUAAAAUUGAGUUUCACAAGUUAA